AUGCUUAGUCCGUCGUCAAGACUGCAUACAAACAAGACAAUCCAUACUGGGCAGAAAGGUUACAUUUGUGAGGAGUGUGGCAAAGCCUUCAACUGGCACUCAGCAGCAAUUCAACCUCAGCAAGUGCACAGUGGAGACAACCUUUACAAAUGUGCAGAAUGUGGUAAAACGUUAAAUUAUGGCUCAUCAGUAAACGGACAUAGACUAAUUCGUACUGGAGAGAAACUCUACACACAUGGAAAAUGUGGGAUGGUCGUUACCCAACACUCUCCUCUUACCGAACAUCACCGAAUCCAUACCGGAGGGAAACCUUACGAAUGUAAUGAAUGUGGCAAGGCCUUUAAGUCGUCCUCAGCCUUUAAUCAACAUCACCGAAUCCAUACUGGAGAGAAACCUUACCAAAGUAGCAAAUGUGGCAAGGCGUUUAACUGGCCAUCAGUACUUAUUCAACAUCACUGA